AUGCAGUCCGUUAUCAACCAAAGUCUACUUUAUCCUAUUCCGUCUCGGCCCAUGUCCAUUUCCAAAGAUGAAGUGAAGGCUUGGCGGGACAACGCUCUCAAGAAAUUGGAGUGGGCGCGGGAACUUUCGACGCUGGCCCAGGCUGUUCUUGAAUCCACGUCGCAUGUACUAGGCGAUCUGCUACCGAAACGCCUCCAAAUAGCCGAAAGCAAUAUAGAUCAAGUUAAAGACCAGCAUGCCAACAUCACGCCUCUCUUUGAGCACUUGCGUGUGAAAAUCGCAGAUACCACGGUUUCUGGCUUUCAGUCUUGUGUUGAAAAACUGCUUGUUCCCGCAUUAGAAGCACUUGCAAAGGUAUUGGGGGAGCUCCGCACAACAAAGGUGCCGCCAUUUUUGGUUGCUCCGGAGGAAAGGAAAGACUACCGCCAUCUUUCAGACUUCCUCGCGCUGAGCGAGAUCGAGCUUCUUCAAAAUAACAUUGCCAUCUACACAGAAAACUGCACCAAGGUGCUUCUGUUAUUGAAAGACCUGUUGCAAGACUUGACCCACAAGUGGCACAAAAACUCUUCCACUUACAACAAAGCCACCCGGAUAUACAAUUCGCAAGUGGUUGAUGUGCAAUUGAUGGUGCGUCAUGCACUCAUGCCUACGUCUCCUCCCAGACACGAAUCCAACUUCGUUCGAGCUGUACUCAAGGAGAAUUUGGCGCUUGAGCAACAGCUUGCAGGUCUCUUAGAGAUGCUCACGAACCAUUAUGAUCAGUGUGUUUUGGCUGUCUCCACGUAUGAUGAUUCGUCGCAAAACCAAGUCAAUUAUGAAGUCUUGCACAAUGACACAUUGGAACUACCGUCUGUAUUGAAAGAAUUCAGUGCUAUAUACGAUGUGAUCAUGAACAAUGAAACCCGGGCGGCAAAAUUUGUCGAUGAAAAAUUGCCACACAUUGACUCUGUUAUCAGUUUGAGUACGGAUUUGCUUGAGGAAUACCGGUCGUUCAAGGAGGAGGAGAUGGUGAGACUAGUGCUUCUUUUCCUUCGCUGCGAAGAAGUGCUUCGCACCAACUCAUUGAAUGUCAAAUCCCUGUCGUACAAGCAGACGAUCGAUGCAUAUGUGGAUGUUCUUAGCCAGCUAACAUUCCACUACACCAGCUUCCAGAAAAUCUACCAUUCGGAGUAUUUGAAGGAAUUGUACUAUGAGCAGUACAUUUAUCCACGUAAGUUUCUUCAACUGCUCAAUGACUUCCUCAAUGGCCAGUUGCUACAUAUUGAGGAGGAUGAAAGGGAGAGGCGCCGUGACUGGCUCCGCAAGUUUGGCGACUUCAUUCCAAAGCAAUUGAUUUUGCCUGGCGAAUAUAAUCAGCCUUCGGUGGUGCAGGUCAUCAGCGAAGGCCUAGACGAGAUCCAGUCGCCGUCCGCAGACAAAAACGAGGCUAGGCUACUUUCCUUAAUGGCUGAUAAAUAA